CGUGGGCCCGGGCGGCGGGCGGAGACGCUGGCGCCCUCCCCGCUACGGCCCGCGUGAGGUGAAUUGCUGGAGGCUAUCCACUCUCCUUUCUCCAGUGUCUCUUCAGAUUAUGCUUGAUAAGUGCAGUUCUUUAUACUUCACCAGGAUGGAUGAGGCAGUACGUCUGAGUUAGAGAUCAGACUUGUUACUUAUAUGUGACACCAUUCCAGCACUGAACUCAUGGAGGCUGAACAUUUAUUCAGGUGGUAACGUUGACCUCCGAGUUCAUCACAGCGGACAGUGCACACUUAAGCUGCGUGGUGUUUACGUUUGCAAGAGAAGGCGUCUUGAAAUGCCGUAAGCAAUAGCAAUUGCUGUGGACAUCAGCCAACUCCCGUGCCCUCCCUCACACACCAGUGAGUCCCGUGGCCUCCCUCACACACCGGCGAGUCCCGUGGCCUCCCUCGCACGCCGGCGACUCCUGUGGCCUCCCUCGCACACCGGCGACACCGGUGUCCCGUGGCCUCCCCACACACCGGUGACUCCUUUUAUAGAAUAGAAUGGCUUUCUCAUGCCUCCUUGAUUUGGAGAAUUGGAGUCCAUAGAGGCUACUGUAUUCUAUUGAAGAAGAUGUCUAACAGCAACACUACUCAAGAGACCCUGGAAAUAAUGAAAGAAUCGGAAAAAAAGCUGGUGGAAGAAUCUGUAAACAAAAACAAGUUUAUAUCUAAGACUCCAAGCAAGGAAGAAAUUGAGAAAGAGAGUGAAGAUACCAGUUUGCGUCAGGAGACACAGAGGCGGACAUCCAACCACGGUCAUGCCCGGAAAAGAGCCAAGUCUAAUUCCAAGCUGAAAUUGGUGCGCAGCCUGGCGGUGUGUGAGGAGUCGUCCGCUCCGUUUGCUGACGGGCCGCUGGAAACCCAGGAUAUAAUUCAAUUGCACAUCAGCUGCCCCUCUGACAAGGAGGAAGAAAAGUCUACAAAGGAUGUCUCUGAAAAGGAAGACAAGGACAAAAACAAAGAAAAGGUCCCGAGGAGGAUGCUGUCUCGAGACUCCAGCCAAGAAUAUACGGACUCCACUGGAAUAGACCUACAUGAAUUUCUUGUAAAUACACUGAAAAAGAACCCAAGGGACAGAAUGAUGCUGCUAAAAUUAGAACAGGAGAUUCUGGACUUUAUUAAUGACAACAACAACCAGUUCAAGAAGUUCCCUCAGAUGACCUCAUAUCACCGGAUGCUAUUACACCGGGUAGCUGCCUAUUUUGGGAUGGACCACAAUGUAGAUCAAACUGGAAAAGCUGUCAUCAUCAACAAAACCAGUAACACAAGAAUCCCUGAACAGAGAUUCUCAGAACAUAUAAAGGAUGAGAAGAAUACAGAAUUUCAACAGAGAUUCAUUCUUAAGAGAGAUGAUGCCAGUAUGGACCGAGAUGAUAACCAGAUCAGAGUUCCAUUGCAGGAUGGAAGGAGGAGCAAGUCAAUAGAAGAGAGAGAGGAGGAAUAUCAAAGGGUCCGAGAGAGAAUAUUUGCCCGAGAGACUGGCCAGAACGGAUAUCUAAAUGACAUCAGACUCUCCAAAGAAGCCUUUUCUUCUAGCUCUCACAAGAGAAGGCAGAUUUUUAGGGGGAACCGUGAGGGGCUGAGCCGUGCCUCAAGCAGCCGCCAGAGCAGCACAGACAGCGAACUCAAGUCCCUGGAGCCACGGCCGUGGAGCAGCACGGACUCCGAUGGCUCUGUCCGGAGCAUGCGGCCCCCUGUCACCAAGGCCAGCAGCUUCAGUGGAAUCUCCAUCCUCACCCGGGGUGACAGCAUCGGGAGCAGCAAAGGUGGCAGUGCAGGAAGGAUCUCCAGGCCAGGAAUGGCGCUAGGUGCCCCAGAAGUGUGCAGCCAGGUCACCUCGUCCCAGUCUGUCCGGGGCCUUCUCCCUUGUACUGCCCAGCAGCAGCAGCUUCCUGCCCUCCCGCCCGCGCCUCAGCAGCAGCCGCCCUUGAGUAGUCACGUGAUCUCACAGCCAGUCCCGGCUCUGCAGCCGUCUCCGCAGCCUGUUCAGUUCUCUCCAGGCUCCUGUCCCCAAGUUCUUCUGCCAGUCUCUCCGCCCCAGCAGUACAACAUGGCAGAUGAUCUCAGCAACCCCUUUGGACAAAUGAGCCUUAGCCGCCAAGGUUCUACUGAAGCAGCUGACCCGUCCUCAGCUCUGUUCCAGCCCCCACUUCUCUCCCAGCACCCGCAGCAGACUAGCUUCAUCAUGGCCUCUGCGGGGCAGCCCCUGCCCCCUCCCAGCUACCCCACCUCUGGCCGUGCGCCGCCUGCUCAGCAAGUCCUGCCACCCCAGGGCUACAUGCAGCCCCCUCAGCAGAUCCAGGUGUCUUACUAUUCCCCUGGACAGUAUCCCAAUUCCAACCAGCAAUACCGACCUCUGUCUCACCCGGUGGCCUACAGCCCCCAGCGUGGUCAGCAGCUGCCUCAGCCAUCCCAGCAGCCUGGUUUACAGCCCAUGAUGCCUAACCAGCAGCAGGCGGCUUACCAAGGCAUGAUUGGGGUCCAGCAGCCACAGAACCAGGGCCUGCUCAGCAACCAGAGGAGCGGCGUGGGGGGCCAAAUGCAAGGCCUGGUGGUUCAGUACACUCCACUGCCUUCUUACCAAGUCCCAGUGGGUAAUGACUCACAAAACGUGGUCCAGCCGCCUUUCCAGCAGCCCGUGCUGGUCCCUGCAAGCCAGUCUGUGCAGGGGGGCCUCCCAGCAGGGGGUGUUCCCGUGUAUUACAGCAUGAUCCCGCCCGCCCAGCAGAACGGCACCAGCCCUUCCGUGGGGUUUCUGCAGCCUCCUGGCUCAGAGCAGUACCAGAUGCCUCAGUCCCCCUCUCCCUGCAGCCCGCCACAGAUGCCGCAGCAGUACUCAGGAGUGUCAGCUUCUGGACCGGGUGUGGUGGUCAUGCAGCUGAAUGUCCCUAAUGGACCCCAGCCUCCCCAGAACCCAUCCAUGGUCCAGUGGAGUCACUGUAAAUAUUACAGCAUGGACCAGCGGGGUCAGAAACCUGGAGACCUGUACAGUCCCGAGAGUAGCCCCCAGGCCAGCACGCAGAUGAGCAGCAGCCCGGUCGCGUCGCCUACGCAGUCUCCAGCACCCUCUCCUGUCACCAGCCUCAGCAGCGUCUGCACAGGACUCAGCCCCCUUCCUGUCCUCGCACAGUUCCCCCGGCCCGGGGGUCCCGCCCAGGAAACGGUAGGAGCAGCAUGCAUUGUUGCAGUCCAUCUCCAAAGCCCCAUGAAGUCUCUCAGAAGUCACACCAAGCAGGGCAAACGCCCGGAAAACCGUCCGUGCUUCCCCCCAGGUGACGGUCGCUACUCCCUCUUGGGCCAGCCGUUCCAGUACAAUCUGUCCAUCUGCCCGCCCUUGCUCCAUGGCCAGUCAGCUUACACGGUGCACCAGGGGCAGAGCGGGUUGAAGCAUGGAAACCGGAGCAAGAGACAAGCGCUCAAAUCUGCCUCCACUGACCUGGGGACAACAGACGUUGUUCUGGGACGGGUGCUGGAGGUGACAGAUCUCCCGGAGGGCAUCACCCGUACCGAGGCAGACAAACUCUUCACUCAGCUUGCCAUGUCCGGCGCCAAGAUCCAGUGGCUCAAGGAUGCUCAGGGGCUGCCUGGUGGGGGCGGGGGGGACAACGGUGGGACUGCUGAGAACGGCCGCCACUCGGACCUCGCUGCCUUGUACACCAUUGUGGCUGUGUUCCCCAGCCCGUUGGCUGCUCAGAAUGCCUCCCUUCGCCUCAACAACUCCGUGAGUCGCUUCAAACUUCGAGUGGCCAAAAAGAACUAUGACCUGAGGAUCCUGGAGCGAGCCAGCUCCCAAUAAAUGGACAAGAGAAGGGACCAGCAUGGCAGGGGUGGGGGCAGGGUGGAGGGGGUCAAGAAGUCCUGUCAGACCACAGACAGAGGCAGAAAGUAAGAUAAGGUCCACAGACAGACACUAAACUGGAGCCUGAGACCGUGGGGAUGCAGAUGGAGACAGACAGACACUCACGCUGGCACUGGACUUUCUCACUCCCCUGCCAAGGGUCCCUCCAUUUCCCUGGUUGGCCCAUGUCCACUUCCCUCUCUUUCCCAUCCUCUUCUAUCAUUUUUUAUCUCUUCUCUCACCAUGAAAUUAAUUCAUAUUUUUUGGUCAGGUAGAAUUGGGAGGGUCCCACACUCCCCCGUUCUCCUAUUUCUUUACCAUCCCAAGCGCCCUUUUCUUUUUUGGUCUUUAUGAAUAUAUUUAUAUGGACAGAAUUAAGAAAAACAAAAUUGAUUUCCCCUUUCUCUCACCCCAUCUUGUCCCUCCAAACCCCACAGAGUUUAAACUUGGGCCUCCUUCCACCCCCCCAGAACACUUGUAUAUUGUUUGUUUGAGGUUUGUGCUGCAGUAACAGACACAGUAUUUAAUUGCACAUACAGAUGUUUGCUGGGUAUAUUCACUGUAAAUUUUAUUUAAUCUGAUUUUUUGUUUGUUGGGGGGUUCUUUGGGGGGAGGUUGAUUUUGUUUUUAAAUAUAAAAAAAAAAUCUGU